CUUCUCCCCAUACCUACCACAUUUCUCGGUCGCAUACCGUUUCGCAUCCGCAUUUUCUGUCGCUCUACACUUUUCGUUAUUUUAAAUAUCACAAUACGUCCUAUUCUAACAUUUGAUAUAGAUAUCAUCACGCUUUUGUUAUUACAUUAAAAGCCAAGAUGCCUCGUGAAGGAACGCGAUCUGCCACUGGCAACUCUAAGCCGCGUGUCUUUGAGACCAUUGACACUGCGCCGGCUAUCAAGCGCACCACCAAGCCCAAGGCUAAGAAGCCGGCAGCCACCGCUGUUGCAAAGCCAGCACCUAAGGUGAAGGCAGCCAAACCUACUGGUGUCACUAAGAAGAAAGCUGCCGCCCCGAAGAAGGAGGGCGUCGCAACUAAGGUCAAGGCUGCUGCCAAGAAGGCCGAAGACAAAGUCGAGAAGGCAGUAGAGAAGGCCGAAGAAAAGCCCAAGAAGGCUGCCGCCAAGCCCAAGAGUGCUACAAAAUAAAAAGUGUGAUGCCACUCACCGCAAUUUGACUCCAAUGGCAAUGCCUUAAGAUCAAAUACAAUUGCUGGCUUGAGCAACGUGGAUCCACAAUAUUCUACCGCCUUGGGGCUUGCAUUUGAUGAGCUGAGGCUCUUCAAUAGAAGAACCCAGAGCCAUCCAUUAGAUACCCUAGCACCUUACUUCGACCUAAAUCUUUCCUCGCACAGUCAGAAUCAAGCGUACCUACCACCCAUUUCGCCUCCCUAUUUUCACAGUCCACCGUUCAUACGUUGUCAAAGGCGUCUACCUCCUUCAGCCUUUGGACUUUUUUCCUUUUCUUGUCCCAAGUGAUGAAUCUAAUCCAAUGAAUAUCCCCCCCCUUUCCUCGGGCAUAGCCUUAGGGUACCAGCACAUUCGGCCUUCGUGAUGGAGCUAUAGCUGGGGGAUUGGUGUAAUGACAAGAGGCUGGCACGAAUGUUGGGGGUCGAUAUCCAAGAUGCUAGCAGACGGGAGCGCAGGCACACCUUUCAGCACACAUCAAGGCUGACAGGUGGCCCAGCUCCAGGACAAUAUUGUUGGGGUGCUAUAGAGCAUAGGAUGAGACAAGGCCGCGGCGGGUUUAUGUGACUUAGGUAGCUACAAGUCCCUUGCGGGAUCCAAUAGGGCUCGCCAGAUGGUGGCAACCCACCAAUAGAAACCAAAUUUCUAAAAA